CCCGGCUCCCUGGCGAGGCACAUCUCCCUGCUGUUCAGCAGCCGGCGGUGCGGAAUUCCUGCCCUGCUGUUUGCCCGUGCGUCCCCCGGCCCCCACGCCUCCUUGAUUCAAAUACCAGGAACAACUCAGCCGGCACAAAGCGAAACUUUGGGGGGCAGAAAACUCACGCCCCCAUCGGCUGGGCACACACACACAAGCACGUGAGAGCCCAGAGCCCCCCGGCAUGGGGAAGGAGGAGAAGAAAGCCCGGCACGGCACGUCCCCGAACCCCCAGAGCCAGACAGGGAAGGCACCCGGAGGGGAGAAAAGCGCCGGCUCGACGCAGGAGUCCGCGAUGAAGAGGAAGAAGCAGAAGAAAGCCAAGGGGGAUCCCAAAACUGGCCAGGAGGAGGAAUCCCACACUUGUUGUGGCUGCCGUUUCCCGCUGCUGUUUGCGUUGCUGCAGCUGGCGUUAGGCACCUCUGUAACAGUGCUGGGCUUCCUUAUGGCAGGCAUCAGCUCCUCUCUGCUUGUCAGGGACACUCCAUAUUGGGCUGGGAUAAUUGUCUGUGUGGUGGCCUUAGUGGGAUUUGUUAUGCUUUGUAUCUCGUACCAGCCUGACGAGAAGACGUGUGCACAGUUCACAGUGAAGCUGCUGUAUUUUCUCCUGAGCGCCCUGGCUCUGGUUGCCUGUGUUUUGGCAGUGGCUUUUGCUGCACACCACUACUUGCAGCUGACCAAGUUCACCUGUGACACCACCCAAGAUUUCUGCCAGUGCAAACUGGACACUGCAGACCCCCUGGGCCGCACCUUCGUGUACCAGGACACCGACUGUGGCAGCCUGACCAGCAUGCUCAGCCUAUACCUCCUUCUGCAGAUGGCUCUCAACCUGGUGGCAGCCCUGGUGUGCCUGCUGAUGUGCUUUGUGGUGUGGAAGCACCGCUACCAGGUCUUCUACGUGGGCGUUUGCUUCCAGCCUCUCACGGCAGCUGAGGGCCACGGGCAGCAAGUGUAGGGUUUGGGCUGGGCUGGCAGGGGCUUGUGGCCAGGGAUGGGAACUGUCACCACAGGCACUGCAGAGGGAUGGGCCCUUGGAAGGUGUUUGAUGAGGAAAAAUGCUCACACAGCUUUAAUGAAUUGAUUUUUCAAUCCUUUUGGGAGCAUUUCGUACGGCUGCUCUUGAGAAAAGGCUUCUUGUGAGAUUAGCCAGAGGUCACAGAGUCCUAAAGAUGCAGCUGUACAAAUGCUCCCCUCAGAGGAUCUGUAAUAGCCAUGGAUAAAAUCUUUGGGAACUCAUCUGCAGGGCUACAGCCAUUACAAAAUAGGGUCCAUUUCCCUCUUGCCUUCAGAGAAGCUAUGCCAAUUUCUACCAGAUAUGGAUCUGAUCCAAACUGCUUAAUUAUAUCAGUGGGAACAUGCUUUGGGAAUAUAUCAUAUCUUGGUGCUCUGGGUGUAAUCCAUGCUAACCUGAUGGGAAUUUAACAUUCAGACAGGGAUGAGGGAGGUCAAGACCUCUUCCAAUGCAGGUUGAGACCAACACCAAAGUGAAUAUAUUGAUGGCUGCCAUAUAAAAUAGACAUAUAACUUUUCAGAGUGAAUACUGAUAUAGGCUACCUAACCCAAUUACUAAUAAACAACAAAUAUGAGUGAGUUCACUGAAGGUUCUUUGGUGGGCCCUGCUUGAAAUCCCAGGCAGAUUUCUGAUGUUUGGGAGAAAAGAUCAGUUUAAGGAACCUUGAGUUGCACUCCUAAAGUAGAGGGACUCUAAAUCUGUAGUCAUGUUAAAAACUAUGUCCAUAAUGCUCUAAUUGCAGGCUGACAAACCCGGAUUUUAGCCAGUUCCACCAAUUAUACUUCAAGCACAAAAGGCCAAAUGCAUUUUUGGUGUAACUCCUCUGAAGACAAUCAGCCUUACACACCAGCAGUGGAGUUGGGCCAACAGCCCUGAAAGAUAUAUCCCUGCAACAAUGAAUGUUUUUAAAAUGGGGUGGAGGGAGGGAAGCAAGAAGAGACUGCCAGUCUCCCAAAGACAUCUCUGAUAAUGAUGAGGGCAACAGAAUAAUGAUUUCUUAAUGAGGAUGGAAAAACAAAGCAUAUUUAAGCAGUGCUUUUUCACCCUGAAAGUGCAGCUCUAGAAGUGCUUUACAUCUUGUUAGCCUUAUACCAAGACAACUACGUUGGUUUGUCCCUUGAACUGCCAUUUCCACUUGCACAGCAUGGACAGCUAAAUUUAGCGCAAUUCCUAAUUGGCAGCAUUUGGCACUGCCUCCUGAUCCAUAUCUGUGCAAGGGCAAGCCAGCUGGUGCUCACACCCUGCCAUGACGAGGAAUUUCCCGAUCCCAGCCAGAACAAGGAUGUCUCUGAGGUGGGGUGGAGCAAUCACAUGCCAGAAAAAUUGUGCCAUAAUCACCAGCUAGGAGGAAGCAAAUUAAAUUUAUAUAAGGCUUUAAAGAAAAGAACAGCCAACUUUCUGCAGCAAAAAGAGUCAUCAAAAAGUCAAAAACCCAGACUGGCACAAACCUAGUUGUCUAAGGAGCGCUAAUCCUACCAAAAAAACCUGUCUUCCAUAUGGUGAUCACACAUCAUCCUGGGGCUAGACCAUCAAGCCUCCAGGGUCAGAAGAUCACAGUGUAGUGAAGUCUCCUGUGGCCCACCUAGAACACUGCUGGGUGUAGGGGCUGUAGUUUUAGUCAUGGAAAGUGCCUCUGGAGCAGACAUAGCAUCACCAAGGCACUCUCUGCCAAGUCACAAAGCGAGGAGCUGCAGGACAUGAGAGGUUUUGAGAUCUGCUUCCAAAUGACCUUUUUUAUUGCACCUAAAAGUAACAACCACUCCUAAGCCUGGCUGCAGGGCACAUUUGCAAUGGUGCCUGUGUCACCAUCCAUCCAAAGACCUCAGUCUGCCUCCCAGGCACUGCUGGGGCAAGCUGAGGCAGGAGAGGACUGGGAUAGCAGGCUGGUGGUAUCAGACUCAUCCUUGGGGCCAUCCAUGUGGAUCUGGCAGGAACCAGCCCAUCUCCCAUGGCUCUGGUGGAACGUGCUGCCAGCAGUGCUCACGGACCUGUGGCAGGGCCAUCCUGCCUGGAGAUGGGUACACAGGGGUGCCUCUCACCUUGUGGUGUGCUCAGGUUUGUCCCCCGUCCCACACACACCUCCGGCCGUGCUCUCUGUGGAAGCUCAGGGAAGAGGAUGUACUUUCCUCCUACCUUCACGACCCUCUGGCCCUCCCUCCAGCCAAAAAUGUGGGAUGCUCUCUCCACACAGAAGAUAACAAGAAGCAGGAAAGGGAUCAAAGGGAGUCUGAAUGAUAGCUGAGCUUUGGGGCCUUCCCCCAUCCUCACCACUGCAGAUGGCUGGCACAGCAAGAGCAAGGCUGUGCUGGCACAGCAGGGCAUGAUUCCCCACCCAUCCAAAAUGUCCCUUUGCUCAGGGGAUAGCUUGGUGUGCAGCAUUCCACCCUGGCCCAGCAGCAUUUCCAGCAGAGCUGCCCUUUGUCUCCUUGAUCCUCUGACCCCUGCCUCACCCACGUGUUCUCACCUCCGUCUCCCAUCACCUUGCAGGUGCAGGGGAUGGGGCUGGGCUGGCAGUGCCCGGCCUCUGCCUGCUCACCCCUGGGCUGAGACUUGCUGGGGCUGCUCUGGGGCACGUCAGACACAGCGGGGAUGAUCACAGAGCUGCUGUAAAUGCCUUCGGCGUGUAGGCAGGGAGGAGAAGGGAGGUCUGGAUAACAGAGCCUGCUCCACUUAAUAAGCUGUGCACCUCCAUAUCAGCUCACCCUCCACUUCCAGCCACAAAUUCGGUUUGCUAAUCAGCACAAUGCAGCUUAACCCCUUGCUCUGGAAGAAAGCAAUAUUCAUCGUGUAUUCUGUUGGUGGUUUAGAUGCUUAAUGAAUAAAUAUGGGGCAUUUCGAUCUAGCAAA